CCAAUGGCAGCAGGUCUGUGUGAUCCCAGGAGAGGGUGUGGUUAACUCAGAAACAGCCUGCUGUUUCCGCAUGUUAUUAAAAAUAAGUUUGACAAGUCCAGAGGAAGUAUGAUCUAAGCUUAUCCGUGCAGUCUGUAGUUUAGCCUUUUCUUAAAAACCCUCUGGGUCACAUGAUGUGAGCGGAAACCAGAUGUAAGCUGCCUGAGUUUAAGAAGGAAUCUGUUUUCUGCGAGCGGAUUUGGAGAAAACAAACAAACAAACAAUACAGCGGACUGGAUGAAGCAUGUUAAAGCUGAAGCAACAGUUUGACCUGCAGAGAGAUGUGGUGUUUGAUCUCCUCAGGAAAGAGGCUUCAGUCUGCAGGGUGAAAGAAUACUCAGAGGAUGUGGACCCUCGAAUCCUUAACACUGAACGAGAUGGGAGUAUGCUUUAUUCUUGGAAGGGAGCAACAGGCACCACCAGGAUUGGGAAAUAUGACCCCAACACUAAACAAAACAAGCUCCUCUACACUUUCGACAAACAGGUGUGUGUCAGCAGCUGCUCUUUGAACAAGGAGGAGACAUUAUUAGCUGUCAGCUUGGCACAGAACACCAGGGGACAGGAACGACUCAAACCAAUAUCAAAGUGUCUGACUCUGCUGAUUGAGAUCCAUCCCAUAAACAACACCAAGGUGCUCAAAGCAGUGGACUGCAGAGUUAAAGUACAGUUCCUCCAUCAAGAAACUGACUGGAAAUCGGGGCUGGAGAGCCAUCUGCUUCUGUUCGCUGAAGACGGAUAUGUGGAUCUAUACCAUGUACUUUUAAGCAAACAUGAAGGCUACAGAGUGGUGAUCUCAAAUCCCGAGCGCUUGUCCAGAGCGGCGGAAAAGAUUGUAGAGGAUUUCUGUUGGGUCCAGUGGGACGGACACACACAAAGGCUUUACUAUCUCACUCGCAAGGACAAGUUCCUGCUGAGAUGCAUUCAGUUCCACCCAAGCCAUAGCUGUGAUACUGUGUUGGAGCUCGUUUUAGAGUUGCCUGCUAAUGCUUUUUGCACAGUAAGAUUUGUAAGUCUGGGGUUUGACCACUAUCAUGUGGAAAAACCUGAGCAGGAGCUUGUUAGGAUGCAGGUCUUCACAAACCAAAUCGGAAGCAUGUGUAUUUGCUACAGUCAGCCACUAAAAGAAAAACAGGAGCUGACCUACACAGUGGUUUUAGUUCACAAAGGUUGCAGCAAGAGGUUCAGAGUGUCUCCUGGAAACGACAAACCGUCACAGAUUUCACACCAGCUCCAUCCGCUCUUCAUCCCCAUAGGUUACUACAUCCUGGUGUAUCUGCAGGGUUAUUUCCUCCACUGCAUCAACACCAGACAGCAUGAGAUGCUCUGUCAUUCUCUUUUUCUAACUGGUCAGGAUGAUAACUUAGGCCUUCCGUAUCAGUCAGAUGCUCUCACGGUGAUGCACAAAGAAAAUGAAACAAGCGUUCAUCUUUUGGAGCUGGCAAGUGGGUCAAUUCACACAGCUGAGCUUAGCCCUGCUUACCUGCUGCAGAUACUGAGAUCAGACACACGUCCUGGGUGUCCCCGCAGCUGGACCGACCCUCAUCGCCUGGCUGCCCUCCACUGCCUCCUUGUUUUCAUGGGAGAUGACCCGAAGCUGGAAAUAAAGAUUAUCGAAUGGCUGUGUGACAACAUGAACUCCUUUGAUUCCUUCAAUCAGAUCCAAGAGUUCAUUUUAGCAUCUUUGUCCAGAAUGGGAUAUGAGAAGUCUCUUGGCCUUGAUAAGGUCCUGCCCUUUUCAUCAAUAUUUGAAAAAAAGGAAGUCCCAGCGUGCUUAUUGGAGCUUCCUGGUGUCUUUUGUACCACUGAGCUGCAUAUUGAGGCUGAUUUUAACGGAAAGGCUGGACGGCUCCAGGGUUUCUGGUCAGAGCUGCAGUGGAACACAGAGAGGACAAAAUAUCUGAAUGCCGAUCCAAACGCAAGAUACAGAACCUCAUGCAUUCAGGCCGACUGGGAUAAACUGAGGUCCGAGAGCAGAGCCUCCAACCAUGUGAAUCACUUGGAGGAGAACACAAAGAAGGUUCUUUCGAUGGUCGACACCUGGUGUCUUGAUAAAAAGUUGGUGCCACUUUUUCAAGAAGAGGAUCAUCAACAAAGGGCAUUCAUCGGCCUGACAGUCGACAAGCUUAGAGAACAUCUCAAUAGACAUCUGCCUCAACUGGGGAAGAAGAAGAUUGACUCUUUGGUGGUCAGCUAUGUAGCCAAACUGCUGGAGCUCAUCAGGCACAUGCUGGAGUCAGCCUGGCUGAAGAACAAACUCGGCCCUCAUGUUUUGUGCUUGAAGCAGAAGGGCGGCUCGGCUGAAUGGGCCGUGUUUCACUUCAUGCUUCGGAUAUUGGAAUCCACCCGGAGUCUCUGCCUGCCCCUCCCACCUGGCUAUCACACCCUGUUUGCUGUGUUUGCUGUUCGUUGCCUCCCUCAUCAAACCUUUCUACAGUACAUUGACCACGGUUUCCUGCAGCUCACCGAAACAUUCGUGUCUCGUCUUAUGACAGAUUUGGACAACAGUGAAGCCAAUGAGCGACUGAAGUUCAGCAUCCUUAAGAGACUACCAGAGCCUAUGGAGCAGAGGAUAUACCAUAUGUGGGAUCAUCCUGUCAGCUCAGCCUCAAUCUCAAGAGAUUAUGUCAAGAUGCUGCUGGAAAAACACAACAAGAAUAAGGGAUUUGCAUUGACUUGGAGAGACAAACCUGGCUUCAAACCAGAGUUUCUGCCUCUAACCUAUCUGGCUAAAAUGCUCUCAGAUAUCGAGUCACAAGCUCUGAACCCUUUCGAGGAGAAUGAAAAUGUGGACGCCAGGUUUGUGGAGGACUCUGCUCUGAUGCAGACACUGAUCCAGCUGGGCUUCCAGGAAAAAUGAAGCUGCUGGAAGGGCGAUGAAGGACGAGAGGCGGGUGGAGAGAGAGAGAAAAAUAGAUGAAGAGAAAAAUCAGUUUAAGGGAGAAUAAAUGUCUAACUGGGCCUUGAAGGCAUGAAAUGGAUUGAUGUUGGAAAAUGAGAGUCGAGUGGGGAAGUCGUAAACAGGUUCUCAUGGUUUGAUGAAAAAUUAUUAUGGGAAAAGGGAUUUUAGGAAGAAUUGUUGUGCUUUUCAGGAAAAAAAAAAUUAGAAACUAGCAAAU